GGAGUGGUUCGGCCAUACAGCUCAAGAUACAGGUUGUGACAGCACAGAGAAUGGCUUCAAUUGGAGACUCACCUCAAGAGUCAGAUCUCAGGAUUAUCGUAAUUGGACCUCGUGAGGUAAAUGUGGCUUCAAUUGGAAACAUCAUCCUUGGGAGAAAAGUGUUUGUGUCUCAGAAUAGUAGCAAGUGCAUAAAGAGAGAUGGAGAGAUAGCUGGGAGAAAAGUAACAGUGGUAGUCACACCUAAUCGAUGGUCCACACUUCCUCUGAUUGACACAACAAAACGAGAUAAACAAGAACUAAUGCUCAGCAUGAUUCUGUGUGAGCCUGGACCUCACGCCAUCCUUCUAGCCGUUGGUGAGGAGGAGGUCACAAAGGAAAUGGCUCUCUCAAUGGAGGAGCACACAGAGCUUCUUGGCCAGGAAGUUUGGGAUCAUACAAUAUUAUUAUACUCAUGUGGCAAACAGCAAGAAAAAUGUGUUAAGGAAUCAGGAGAAGCUUUCAAGAGGAUUGCAAAUAAAUGUGGACACAGAUCUCACAUUCUCAGUGACACAAAUCAGGGAGAUAGAUUUCAGGUCAGAGAACUAAUAAAGAAGAUAGAUGACAUGGUACAGAAAAACAAGGCCAAACACUGUGAGAUACACGGGAAGAUCUACCUUGUUCAGAAAUGGAGGGAAGCUGAAAAUAAACGAGCAGAACAAAGAGAGAUGCUGAGGUCAAAAAUGGGAAGCACAAGCCACAGUUCUGAGAUCAGAAUUUUGCUAACAGGAUAUCAGUUUUCUGGAAAGAGCUCAACAGGAAACACAAUCCUGACACAGGAAUCAUUUGUGACAUUUCCAAAAAAGAGGAGGUCAAAGUGUGUAAAAAGUGAAGGAGACGUUCAAGGAAGGCACGUUACUGUAGUGGAUACUCCAGGACGAUGGAGAAUUCACCCAGUCGAGUACACUACUGAGCUUUGCAAGCAGGACCUGGUGCUUAGCGUAACUCAGUGUCCACCAGGACCCCACAUUUUGCUUGUGGUCGUACGUUUAGACACUUCGUUCACUGAAAUGAACAGGAGGGCAACGGAGGAACACUUGCAGCUUUUUGGUGAGAAUGUUUGGAGACACACCAUGGUACUGUUCACCUGUGGGGACUUUCUGGGAGAAACAACGAUUGAGCAGUUUAUUGAGAGUCAAGGGAAAGCUCUGCAGUGGCUAGUGCAGAAAUGUAACAACAUGUACCAUGUGUUCAACAACAACAAAAAGGAUGAUCACUCUCAGGUUUCUGAGCUGCUGGAAAAGAUUGAUGAGGCUGUUGCUAGUAACAGUGGUGGCCAUUUUGAAAUGGGCCAGAAGAUUUUGCAGGAGGUCCAAAUGAAGAGGAAGAUGGCAGAAGACAAAGCUAAAGAGAGGAGACUGAUGGCAGAAGACUGUAUUCUUGGACGAUCUGAUCAUAUUCUCUAA